CCAGUGAAAUGCAAUUGAAGAGGGUCUCAUUGCGUGUCUCUAUUUUGCUUCCGUUUAGCACAAUCCUCGCGGAAACACAGCUUUCUUCAAUUCCUACCAUUUUUUGCUAGUCCACAUUGCUAAAACCCUGAGACUUCCCAUCCAAAAGUGUUCAAAUUUCUCAGCAAAUUCAGAAAGAGGUUUGGCCCUUUUCAAUGGCGGAGCAGAAAUCAGACGAAGCAACAAUCCCUUUUAAGAAUCUGCACAGCAGAGAAUAUCAAGGUCACAAAAAGAAGGUGCAUUCAGUGGCUUGGAAUUGCAUUGGCACGAAACUGGCUUCAGGCUCUGUUGAUCAAACAGCUCGAGUUUGGCACAUUGAACUUCUUGGUCAUGGAAAGGUAAAAGAUAUUGAAUUGAAGGGGCACACUGAUAGUGUGGAUCAGCUCUGUUGGGACCCGAAACAUGCAGAACUACUUGCAACUGCAUCGGGGGAUAAAACAGUUCGUUUGUGGGAUGCUCGAAGUGGAAAAUGCUCACAGCAACUAGAACUUAGUGGUGAAAAUAUCAACAUUACCUACAAACCUGAUGGGGCACAUAUAGCUGUUGGAAACAGGGAUGACGAAAUAACAAUUCUGGAUGUUAGGAAGUUUAAACCGAUUCACAGACGCAAGUUCAAUUAUGAGGUAAAUGAAAUUGCAUGGGACAUGUCAGGGGAGAAGUUUUUCCUAACAACUGGGAAUGGUACUGUUGAAGUCCUUGCGUAUCCGUCUUUGAAGGCACUGGACACUCUUAUGGCUCAUACUGCUGGUUGCUAUUGCAUUGCAAUUGAUCCACUUGGAAGAUAUUUUGCUGUGGGAAGUGCUGACUCAUUAGUCAGCCUUUGGGAUAUUGAAGAGAUGUUAUGUGUACGAACAUUUACAAAACUCGAGUGGCCUGUUCGAACAAUAAGUUUCAAUCACACAGGAGAGUAUAUAGCUUCAGCCAGUGAAGAUUUAUUUAUUGACAUAUCGAAUCUUGAAACUGGACGAUCUAUCCAUCAGAUUCCAUGCCGGGCAGCAAUGAACAGCGUUGAAUGGAAUCCAAAAUCCAAUUUGCUUGCAUAUGCAGGAGAUGAUAAAAACAAAUAUCAAGCAGAUGAAGGUGUUUUCCGCAUAUUUGGUUUCCAGAGUGCUUAGUGUUAUCCAGACAUCAUUGCUCACCUUCGCUUUCAUUGAGGCCUUGACAGGAUUCGUCUAAAUGUUCACUUGGAUUACAGUCAUGAAGGCCUGCAUUAAUGUGCACCGAAUAAUCCUGGAUACCUAGCCGUGAAAAUUUGUAUUUUGCUUUCUUUCCUGGACAGACUGAAUGGAGACUGACAAUAGAUCCAUUUCAUAUCCAAAACUGUAACUUCUAUUAUCUCGAGAUGAAGUUUGCUGAUGUCUUGACAAGACAUGCCUAAUCAGUCUGCAACAUCCCGUUAAAAUUCUCGUUUUUCCAAUCUCAUCUAGAAUGUUAUACUACUGUUGCAUAAUUAAGGUAAGAGCAGAGAAAAGAUAGUAAUGGAAAUGCAAUUACCAAGGCUGGGGAACACAGGUGGAAAUCGAUUUAGUUAUCGGCCCUCAUAGUGUUGUCGUAUGUAUUAAGGUGGCUGAGCUGCACCCUAGAACUCUAGAAAUGUUAACCAUUUGAAAUUUGCAAAUGCUUGAACAGGUGUUGAUUAUUUUGCUGACAGUCUUGAAAAUUUUCAUUGAGUUGAUUGUGUUAGAUUUUAGAAUUUGGAUUUUGGAUACAGUAAUACAAUUUUUACCCUCUGGCACUGUUGAAUCAGCUCAGCAUCUUUCCCUUUUAUCUUUUGUUCCUCACAUGGCCACAAAAUUUCAAACUUGGCUUAGCAUGUUUUCAUGUGUUCUUUGGGAAAUAAAUACUACACUUGAUUUAUUACGAAACUGAAGGAGAUACAAAUACACUGAUAUGAAAGUUUGGUGAGUGAAAACUGUUCGAAAUUAGUUUUGUAUGAGAGACAACACUGUUUUUAGGACCAAUAAUUCCUUUGUUAAGU